GCAGCAAGCCAGCGACUAGGCGGAGAGUUCACAGAGCUUACCAGUUGGCAAACCGACUACUUGGAGCGAGGUGUGUUACGUAGUGUUCGUGGCCGUAGCUCCACAAAAAAUAGUUACUCUAGUGCCGCGAGUUCGCUCUCACGCUCUCCCCACCACCACAAUUCAGUGCAGUGCCUUUCAAGUGUUCCCAAGUGUUUUCUAAAUUAUAUUUCUAUCAUACAUUAGCCUACACCUUUCAAGCAGUGCUUUCCACCACGUAACAACAUAUCAACAACAGACCUAACCUUCCACGUUUACCUGUGCGCUCUGACUUGGGCCUACUCGCGGUACUGACUGUACCUGGCUUCUGCUCGGUACUGUACUCCGCACCACCACUAACCCUUUACAGGUUCACUCGAAAUUGCCGCUCGACAAAAGUUUUGACAAAUACCUUACGACGUGUGCUAGUGCAGUGCGUGCGUGCGUAUAGUGUGACAUGUUGUUAGUGCGCGUUGCAAGUGCUGUCCAGUGAUCAGUUGAGCCGGUGAUCUGAAAUUGAACCAUGAAGUUGGUCCAGUGAUCAUAGUCGGUGAUCAGUUGAGCUGGUGAUCUGAAUUUGAACCAUGAAGUUGGUCUACUGGCUGCACUGCAAUGGCUGAAGCAGGAAGGCUGAAGAGCAAGGCGCUCUAUUCGACGCUGGUCUCGUGUCUGGGUCUCGCCUGUUUCGGGCUGGCACUGACGGCUCUCAUUCUGCCGCUAUGGGGCUACUUCGACAAUCCUCGAGCCGGUCCCGCCUCAGAAAAAGGAUACUUUGGACCUUGGCAAAUCUGCAAGCAGCUUCUGUACGGUAGAACCAAGUGCGGAAAUGAAGUUACCCGUUUUAGGCCAGUCGUGGCCGUCAAGGUAUCGGGCUACAUGGCCAGUGCCAGUACAUUGUUAUUAUUUUUCUUCUGCGUUCUGAGUGUUCUACAGUUAGCCAUGGUCACGUCACGUGACAAAGUCGUUUUGCCAUACAGUUCGGCUGUCACAACCAAACUGGUACUCGCUUUAAUUUCAACGUUAUUAGCCAUCAUGGCUGGUGGUCUGUUCGCAUUACAGACGGAUGACACAGAAAAUGAUUUUGUUGUGUCGAGAGGAGAGUCAUUUUAUAUCCAGGUUGUACUGAUAAUCCUGAACUUCAUGCUGUUCAUUGCGGCACUGUACGAUGUGCUGUUCUCGAGGCGACUGGGUGGCGACCCCACCAUGUCGAGUCGAGACCCCAACGGAGUCGAUGCCACCACUUUCAACAAUCCCGGCUUCCUGGAUAAGAGGUCAUCACAUCCAGGUGGCAUAUCAAUGACUGAUGCCAGCGGCAAGCCAUACUCUCGGUCAGGAACGAAUGGCAGUGUGGCGACUCUGUCCACGACAAUAUCGUCGAACGGGUCGACGGUCGGCUCCAUCACCAAGAGUCCACUGCGCUCCAGUCUCAAGAAGCCGCGACCGGCAAACAACAACGGAAUCGGCAUCCAAAACCCAGGCUUUAGUGGCAGCUCCCCCACUCCGUCGCGCAACGGAAAUGUCAAAAAAGUGCGCAUACAAACUCAAAGCACAGCGGUUUGACGCGAUUGCCCUGCUCGUUGCUACUAAAACGUAUAAGUGCCCUGCUCGUUUUUAUAGGUGGACAUUCAUAUGAACUCGCACACGAAACUGUUCUUAAAUACGAACGAGUGCUAUAUUUUUGUUAUUUUCACAUUUGAAAACUGGCUCGACGUGACGCUUAUGUUUUGCUCAAAUUGAAAACUGUCAAGCAUAGUACAAAAAUAGUCGGCCUUUCUAAAAUAGGAAAAUAUGCUAUGAAUCCUCAAAAAAGUUACAAACUACUAAAAACUGUUGUUAAAAUCAUUAGAAUGAUUAUUGAGAUUCAAGGGCAUAGUAGUAUCAGUAGACAUUUCAAAUUCAGGACCAGAGUAUGAGUUAAACUGUUAAAUUCACUGUUGAUUUGACUAGUUGAACUUUUUCAUCCAAUUGUAGACAUCUUUUGAUCAUAUACAUUCCAAUAGUUCCACUAUAGGAGGCCUAUUAAUUACCGUACAAUAUCUGGAUUUUGAGAUGAAAUUCUCAUUUGCAUUCCGAAAUUGAGCUACCUAAAACCGACAUAUAAAUCUGGCUGUUACCAGUUAUUAAAAUGCUCUACAAUAAAGGUAAACUCCGCCUUUCUAUUUCGGAAAGGUAGGCCUAUUACUACUACCGAUAUUUCUGAUGCUUGGAAGUUCAAAGGUACGUUUGGAUGUGUCCCAACGAUUUUACAAAUUAGAUUCAAUAUAAUGUUUGAGAAACAUAUUCGCCCACAUGACUACUACACACAGUUUAUUUCCAAAAGAAAUAGUGGAGGCGAGAGUGAUGCUUGCAAUAAUGUAGUGAAUCUCAUUAGAAAUCUUUAAUUAGGAUUUGAAGAUUCCAAAAUGAAAAUAAUUUUUAGAACAAGAAAAUGUGUUUUAUAUCACAGGAAUCUUGUUAAGUUUAUUUUUCAAUGGAAAUGUAUUAUUUUCAAUAAUUUCCUUUUACAACAUGUUUUGCAAAGUGUCGUGCAACAAUGAAUGUGAUUAAAUCGAUAUUAUGUUGUGGAAUCAAUUAGACUUUAAUACAAUAGAAAAUGUUUCAAGCUUCUAAAAUGUAUAUUUACAAUAAUAAUAUUUGGCCUGUAGGCUAAUUAUUGUACUUGGACAAAAAUUUAAUGAUGUAGGCCUAUGAUAGAUUUUUCAAGUCUACACUACGGUAUUAUCAUUUAAAUAAUUGAAUAAAUAAGGCAAACCUCUUGAGCUUUCUCUCUCUGAAAUCUGGAUUGAUCAUAGAUAACCAAAAUUAUUAUUGCAAUAAUUGCAUUUGAUGAAUACUGCUGAGAAAUUGAGAGUUGAAGUUAUUUCAGUGCUAUGAAUAUAAGGGCCUAAAUAAUUGUCAAGUGUAGAACGUAUUAUACAUUAGCCUAUAAGAUGAGGUUUCAUUAUUUAACUCGGAAGAAGCACAAGUAUAUUACUUAAGAUAAGCCACCUUAGUUUCAUAAUAAUUAUUAUAGAAUAUUAUAAUCAAAUUAUAUUCUUAAGUGGCAAAGGUGUAUGAUAUAAUGCGAGUAAUAGAUUUUAAAGGAAUUUGUUGCUUAUUGCACAAAUCAUGAUGUUUGGAAUAUUGUGAUAAAAUGUAAAUUAUUGUUGUGUAUGAUUACUAUUGUUUUAGUUGGAAAUAAAUUUUUAUUUAUGAAAUAAUAUAAUUUUAACAUCUUGAUGAUCUGAACAAUGAUGCGUUUUUUGUAAUGUCAUAAUUAUAUUGUGUGUGAUAACAUCCAAGGUACUGUGUGCAAUAUGAGAAUUAGUCUACUAGUCAUUGUAGACUUCAACCACAGUUAUCGUUUUGCAUAAUAAUGCAUGUAUUUUAAAAAAUAAAUUUUUCAAAGUUCUAAAAAACAUUA